AUGUUCAACUGGAUGGGCCGGCAGGCGGGCGGGCGCGAACACGCAGGCGGCGCGGACGCGGUGCAGACGGUGACGGGCGGCCUGCGCUCUCUCUACCUGCGCAAGGUGCUGCCGCUGGAGGAGGCGUACCGCUUCCACGAGUUCCACUCGCCCGCGCUGGAGGACGCCGACUUCGAGAACAAGCCCAUGAUCCUGCUGGUGGGCCAGUACAGCACCGGGAAGACCACCUUCAUCAGAUACUUACUGGAGCAGGAUUUCCCAGGCAUGAGGAUUGGCCCAGAGCCCACCACUGAUUCUUUUAUCGCCGUGAUGUACGGGGAGACAGAGGGCAACACCCCAGGGAAUGCUUUAGUUGUGGACCCCAAGAAGCCAUUCCGAAAGCUUAGUCGCUUUGGAAAUGCUUUUCUGAAUCGGUUCAUGUGCUCCCAGCUGCCCAAUCAGGUUCUGAAGAGCAUCAGCAUCAUUGACAGCCCCGGCAUCCUGUCUGGGGAGAAGCAACGCAUCAGCCGAGGGUAUGACUUCUGCCAGGUCCUACAGUGGUUUGCUGAGCGGGUCGAUAGGAUCAUCCUGCUCUUCGACGCCCACAAACUGGACAUCUCAGAUGAGUUCUCGGAGGCCAUCAAGGCUUUCCGGGGCCAGGAUGAUAAGAUCCGUGUGGUGCUGAACAAGGCCGACCAGGUGGACACACAGCAGCUGAUGAGGGUCUAUGGGGCCCUUAUGUGGUCCCUGGGCAAGGUCAUCAACACACCCGAGGUGCUGCGAGUCUAUAUUGGCUCCUUCUGGGCGCAGCCCCUGCAGAAUACGGAUAACCGCCGGCUCUUUGAGGCUGAGACCCAGGACCUCUUCAGAGACAUCCAGAGCCUCCCCCAGAAAGCCGCGGUGCGCAAACUCAAUGACCUCAUCAAGCGAGCCAGGCUGGCCAAGGUACACGCCUACAUCAUCAGCUACCUGAAGAAGGAGAUGCCAAAUGUGUUUGGAAAGGAAAACAAGAAACGAGAACUUAUCAUCAGGCUCCCGGAAAUCUACCUUCAGCUGCAGCGAGAAUACCAGAUUUCUGCAGGGGACUUCCCUGAGGUCAAGGCAAUGCAGGAACAGCUUGAGAACUACGACUUCUCCAAAUUCCACUCACUGAAGCCCAAGCUGAUCGAGGCUGUGGACCACAUGCUGACCAGCAAGAUCGCGUCGCUCAUGAGCCUCGUCACCCAGGAGGAGAUGAGCAUGCCCACACAGAUGGUGCAGGGUGGUGCCUUUGACGGCACCACCGAGGGUCCCUUCAACCAGGGCUACGGGGAGGGGGCCAAGGAGGGCGCCGACGAGGAGGAGUGGGUUGUGGCCAAAGACAAGCCCAUCUACGACGAGCUCUUCUACACUCUGUCGCCCAUCAAUGGCAAGAUCACAGGCGUCAGUGCCAAGAAGGAGAUGGUGACCUCCAAGCUGCCCAACAGCGUGCUGGGCAGGAUCUGGAAGCUGGCCGACUGCGACGGCGACGGCAUGCUGGACGAGGAGGAGUUCGCGCUGGCCAAGCACCUCAUCAAGAUCAAGCUCGAUGGCUAUGAGCUCCCCAACAGCCUGCCCCACCACCUGGUGCCCCCCUCACACAGGAAGUCCCUGCCUAAGGCUGACUAGAGCUCACCACAGAACAGGGCAGGCAGGCAGGGCGGGCAGGGCAGGGCAGGCAGGGCAGGGCAGGCAGGCAGGGCAGGCAGGGCAGGGCGUGGGAGCACGGGGACCUGCGCCUGAGGCCUGCUCCACCACUGUCUGCUGAACAGCCUUGGGCAAAGCACUGCCCUCUCUGUGCCUCAGUUUCCCUAUCUGUAGGAUGAGGGGCCCAGACCCCGGACACCGAGGAGCUCCUUUCACCUCUAAAAUUCUGAGUUUCUAUUAAAAUAUUAGGGGGAGGGGGAAUGGAUAAGGAGAUGGAAAGUUUGAAAAGAAAGGGAAACUACCCAGAGUACCGGGAGCCUGGAAGAGCCCUGGAAGGCUCCUGGGCCUGGAGAGAGGACUGAAGGCCUCGCCUGGGCCACGUGAGUGUGUGGAGCCGCACUGGGCUCUUCGUCAUCGAGAACAAUGUCUCAGCACUGUCUGUCCCUCUGAGGGCACCAAGAGGCAGCAAAGAUCAUCUUAUUUAUUUUCUUUAUUGUGUUUCCUGCUAUAUUUAGAGGAGAGAAAAAGAAGCAGCUUUCUGCUCCCUCCAGACUAUUUACCAAAGAGAAGGCUGAUGCCCAGGUGUGUCUGCUAGGCCAAGCGAGGCACAUCUGUGCCAGUCCCCAGUGCCUGCCUCUGCCAGGCCUCCUCCUUCCUGGACCCUCCCGGUAAAGCUGUAACUGGUAAGGGAUUUGAAUCUCACAACCUCUGUGCACCCCUGCUAAGACCUCUAGUUGGCAUUUCGGGUCAUUUUGAAGUCUGACAAUUAGUCUUUCUUACCAGUUUGUCCAGUAGGUUAUAGCAAAUCUAUUUAUCAGACUUAAACCACACUGAGGGGAGACUUUCUCUCAGUAUUUAGUGUAGUCCCCACCCCCUAAGGCUCCUGGGUGGGUGACGGACGGGACUUGAACUCAGCAAAACCAAGUCUUGGUGUGUACAGUGUCAGGAGUAUUCAAGAGAUCAGCCUAUUGGAGUUAGACGCUGUUUGGUAAAAAAAAUAGGCACUUUUAUUAUGCCUACUUCUGUUUUUCUUUACAAAAGGCUUUCUACAGACAUGUUUUAUACAAACCCCUUUCUUCAAAGUCAUGUGGCUUGCUCAUGAAUGCCGUCUUCAGGCAGGACGUGGCCACUGUCCCUUCCACCGGCUCUUGGGUGUGUUUCCCAAGUCCUUGGGUUUACUGGGCCACUUGCUCAGACUCCUGGGUAAGGUGGAGGUAGGCACGUGCACCACCGCCCUCCUUGCUCUGAGGGAGGGGGUAGCAGGUGGCUUUCACCAUUAUUUAUGCAAUGGGAGAGAGUCACUUAGCCUUUAGCAAAGGCUAAGUGGUCUGGGCACCAGAAAUGAAUGAAAUCAGUCUCACUGAGCCUUCCAAAAGCCACUUUUUUCCCCCUCUUUUCCCCUUUCACCUGCCUCUGGUGACAUCAGGGUCAAAACUGCACAUUUAAGACAAAAUAUUUACCCAGGCAUGGCGGCACAAGCCUGUAAUCCCAGCAUUCAGGAGGCUGAGGUAGGAGGAUUGUUGCGAGUUCAAGGCCAGCCUGGGCAACACAGUGAGACUCUGUCUCAGAAAUGAGUAAGUAAGUAAAUAAAUAAAUGAAAACACUGAUUUUGGGAAAGAGUUUAUCCAGAUGCCAACCCUUGCAUUCUCCAGCUUCCUUUCUAAAUAAUUUUAAGAGAAGAAAUUGCAUAAUGUAGCCUUUAAUCUGAAUGAGCACUUCUACAUUGAUCAGACAUGCAGGGGGAAUGUUUGUGGUUCCAGUUCUGUGUUCUGUGCGAGUAGCUCUGAGACGCUGUAAGCCACGCGGGGUUGCACACAUGAUGGCCACCAGGGGCAGCCUGAGGAGAGAAAUGGUUUGUCCAGAGGUGGAGAUGCCAGCGAGGGUCGACUGUCCCUUCAGAACUGUCUUGCUUUUUUGACUCUGCUCAGUUGUCAUUUAUGAACAUAAUUAUAUACACGUAUAUUCUUCACA